AAUUGGAAGCGGCAGAAACCCUAAUGCAAUUUUAAUACGCAAGUAUCGUAUUACCAAUCGCGAACCACAUUUAAAUUACAAUUAAUUCCCACAUGCUAGUAAAGUAAUAACAUUCUUUUGUGUGCAAACAGUAUCGUUUACCAUUCAAUUUGUUGUAUGAAUGAGUUUACGUCACAACACUCCUGGAGCCAGCGAGGCGUGAUCCCUUUCUGCGGUCACUGAUAACAUCUAUAUGGGGUAUCAAAAUCAUCCCCUGCAAGGCGGGGCAUGGGAGAGACCUCCCUUAAACCGUGUAUAUAUUUGAAGGGUCGAAAAGCCGGCCCAUUUAGUCUGUGAAAAGAUGGACGUGUCUCCUGUGCGAAGUUCUAGGGGAACGGAUUUCAGUAUCGAGCGGAUUUUGAGUGCGGAUUCGAGUCGCGAGGCGCCGGAGACUCCUAGUUGGCUGUGCUGCACGCGGUACCGACCUCCGCGGCUUCCACGAGCAGUAAACAACGUGUGUCGGCAACGGCGGUCGGGGCGCCACGCACGCGUUCCUUUUACCGCGGCGCAGGCGGCGGCACUCGAGGCGGCCUAUGCGCGUGCGCCGUAUUUAGCACCGCCGGCGCUGCGAGCCCUAGCCGCAGCUCUACAGCUAAGAGAUGAUAGAAUAAAAAUCUGGUUCCAAAACCGUCGAGCGAGACAGCGCAGAGAGAAAUGCACCAACAUCGCCCCUCCCCGCGGCGUGGCGCUGCCACCUUCGAGACUACCAGUGACAGUGACCCACACGUGGACUCGUGAAAUGGCUAACAGUACUCAGGGUUAUACGAGACAAAUUAGUUCUAUAGAUCUUGAAGCUACAUUUGAACAAAGUGAGGAAAGUCGAGACUCUGCGGACGAGAAUUCCCCUGUAGAUAUUGAGACGGUUGAUUAG